AUGAAGGUUCUUGCAGUACUAUGGGCGGUGUGCCUAGUAGGACUCUGCCACAGUGGAAAUGAUGGCAAGGUGGAUGCCUCCACAUUCAAUGUACAAGAAGCCGAAACUCCUAGGAAAGAAUCCCAAGAGCCAAAAGAACAUACUCCUGUGCAUGAUUGCAAAUCCAAGGUUGACGAGUCUCUCUUUGACGCCUUGGAGUCUGUUGCAGACGGUGUAAAGGUUCUGAGGCUCCUAGCAAAGGAAGGUGUUACUGCAAACAAGCUCACAUUUGGAGAGGAAGUGGUAUGGCCGGGGAAGAAGGAUGCGACGUGCCUCCUUGCCACCAUCUACCUUGACAAUGGACAUCCCAGGUUGGCAGUACUUACUACCAGGAAUUCUAAGCAUAAGCAGAGAAAGGUAUAUAGAUACCAUGAUGGAACGCAGUGGAAGGGUUACAAAGAGAGGGGUCAUGAUGCUAGGCUCAAGAAACUAAAGGAGGGUUGUAACUCUACUAUACCUCAACGCAUUGCUCCCUGCAAACUUGAUAUUUUAAACCCUGACCAGACCAAGGUACAUGUAGGUGACCUGCCUUAUAAGGAAGAACAUGAACUAACUCUCAAGAAAUAUUCUCCAGAUACCGGUCGUCAUGUGAGAUCUAUUGUGGAUGCUGGAGCGAUUGUUUGGGAAGCUGACGAGUAUCAAAAGUGUAUAGACGUAAAGUCUUACACAAGGGGAGACUCCAUACUACUUGCAAUCAAGGUGGAGGAUUUGGAUGAUUUGGAGCAUAAGUAUUUUGAGAAGCUAAAUGGAGCAUGGAAUGAAGUCGACGAAGAUGGAUUUAAUGACAAGGUUAAUAUAGUAAUGGGAGGGUUAAUGGAAUAUAGUGGAAAUGAGGUACAUUCUGAAACAUUACAUCCUGUUGGGGUAUCUACAGAUGACCAUGUAGAUGUCCCACCUCAAGGGUCUACUCUCCCUCCCCAAGAAGUAACUACUCCAUCAAUUCAACAUGUAGAGCCUAAGGUUCCAAUAGAGCCUACUACUGAACCAAAAGUAUCUACCUCUGAAAAAUCAAAUGAGGUAGAAGACUCUGGAGAGACUCCUGUAGAAGAAGUACAGCCAGAAGUUGCUCCUGCAGAAUCUCCAGAGGAUGAUGAACCUGGGAAGGAAUCAGAAUCUGAUGAUAUGGGAGAGUCUCCUGUUGUAGAGUCAGAGUCAAAGCUGGUAGCUGUAAAAGAGUCUGAGCCAGUCACAAAAGAGCCAAAUUCUACUGAAUCAUCACCUUCACUGGGAGAUAGUGAGACCUCUCAAGAAGGAAAUGGUGGAGAUACUGAUGAGGAAACUCAAGAGCCAGAGGCUCCAAUGGAGGAUGAACAGGAUGAUGAGGAAGAGGAGGACGCUACUGCUGAUGGACAAGGUAAUGAGCGGACGUAUACAGAAGAGGAGAUAGCUGAAUUCAAGAAACAUUUGAUUAAGCUUGCCUCGAAAGUCGAUAAGAACAUAUUCAAGGUAGAUGGUAUAAAGGAAGAUAACCUCUUUGCUCUUCAACUUACUCCUAAAGAUGCUAAACCAGUAACUCAUGUUACAUAUGGUGAAAAGGAAAUAUGGUCCGGCAGCACGCUCUUUAAUAAAUCAAAUUUAGUGGAGGCUAUAAUAUAUUUUUAUAAGGACAUUCCAGCAUUGGUUACCAUCAAGGCACUAAAAGGAAAUAAUGAAUUUAUGGUAUAUAAAUUCAGUGACUCUGAAGGGUUUUGGUAUGAUUCCGAAGAGAAGCAAUUCAACAAGUUCUUGGAGGAUACUAAAAAACAGGUAGAGACGAUUAAAGCUAAAGAAGCUGAGAAAGCUGCUCAAGAGGAGUCUACUAGCCAGGAUGCAUCCAGUUCAGAUUCUCAACCUUCAGGUGAACAAGAGGAUGUUAGUCAACAAAUUUCCCCUGAAGCUACUGGACAAGAAUCUGCAGAACCUGCUGAACCUGAACAACUUCUAAACCCCUUCCUUUCCAAAGUAGAUGCAUCCCUCUUUCAUGUAGAAGAAGAUGAGGAAGAUGGCGUCAAGGUUCUUAAACUCACAGCCAAGAAGGGCGCUGAGGCUACCAAGCUAGUGUACAAUGGAAAGGAGAUCUGGUCCGGUAGUGCGUUCAUUGGUACAACAUCAAACUUGGUGGAGGCUCUGAUAUACUUUUACAAGGAAGUCCCAGCAUUGGUUACUAUCCAGACCAUUAAAGGAGGUAAUAGGUCCGUUAUUUACAAAUUCAGUGAUACUGAGGGUUUUUGGCGCGACUCUAACGAAGAGGGAUUCAAAAAGAUGUUGGGGGAUACUAAAAAACAAGUAGAGAAACUCAAAGCUAGAGAAGCGGAGACUCCUAAAGAGAAUGGCUCAGAGUCCAGUGAACCUAAGGAUACACCUGAAGUUACUACUAUUCAACCUGAGGUACAACGUAAUGUUGGCAUUUCAUCUGAUAAUUCUAUUCCAAGUAGACAUAAUGCCACCUCCAACCCUAAGGACGGAAUUAAACCACCGGCGACUACAUUGGCAAAUUUUAAUACGUUUGGAAGAUUUGGAUCUAUGUAUAAUAUUACCAGUGAAAUAUCCUCCAAACAAGACCUACUAGACGUUUUCGGGGAGGCAUUAAAAUUUUUGAAGGAUAAAAAUCCACUAUCUUCAGAGGUUGAUAAAAACGAAGCCCCUCCUAAAGUGUCCACUAGCUCUUCCUUGGAUAAAGAAGAUAGUAUGAGAAACACUCGGCUAACUCCAUCAAAACCUCUCGAUCCACCGGGUCCACUAGUCCUUGACCUUUCAGUGGAGUCUGCUGAUGAUAAGGUUACCCUCUACAAGAAUGAUAAUGGUGAACUAAAGUACAGAGCAUUUACAUCAGAAAAUGGAAACUACUUUGAAAAGAUUUUACAUUAUGGAGUUGUAAUUUGGGAAGCUGAACCUGGUCAACGCGGAACGUUUGCGUCUUAUCAUUCUAAGGAAGAUGCUAUGCUUGUUCGUAUGUAUGUUCAAACAGAUGGACACGUUGAAAGGAAGUACUUUGAGAAAACUGCUUAUGGGUGGGCAUCUAUUGAGAAGGAGGAUUAUGAAAAGAAACUAAAGGAUCUCAGGAGUGGUGUGACUAAUCAGUCUUCCUUACAAGGCUCUGCUACUCUUCGGACUGAUAAUCCUACUGUAGUACCUUCCAGUGAUGAGUUUUCAGAAGCUCAAAUGGUUAAACAAGGUGGUACUACUCCUAUCACCCUUGAUCUUGCAAGCCCUAACGAAUCAGAGAUAGGGAUUUUGGGAUCUGACACUAAUGAAGUCUCUACCAAGACAUAUUCUCCAAAGAAGAAUGUUAAGAUUACUUCUGUUGUUGACGGUGGACUGCCCAUAUGGAAGGCUUCUGGAAACGAAACCUUUUCCUCCGCAAAAUUAUCAUCCAGGGAUGGAUACUCAUUGCUUCUCAUUUAUCUCAAAGAUACUGGAAAUAGUUUUGGUAAGCAUUUUGAAAAGAAUGCUGAUGGAUGGACACCUAUUGAUGAGAAAGCAUAUAAGGGUAAGCUACAGGACCUUAAGAAUGGUGUGACUAAUCGGGUGUUUAUGAAUCUCUUCUACCUCAUUAUAUCCUUGUCUCAACUCAUACCAAUUCUUCGUGUGGAAUCUCCGAUAACCUACUUUGCACCGCUUAUUCUUGUCCUUACGGUUUCUAUUUUAAAGGAGGCAAGUGAUGACUAUAAGCGUUUUCUGCGCGAUCGUGAGGCUAAUUCGCAAAAGUAUGAAAUUCUAAGCAAAGACGGUUUAAUCGAGGUGAACGCAGAGAAUAUACAAUUGGGUUCUAUUAUAAAGCUCAGAAAAGACCAAAGGGUCCCCGCAGAUUUAAUAUUAUUGAGGACUUCAGAGGCAAACGGAUCUAGUUUUAUCCGUACAGAUCAGCUAGAUGGUGAAACUGACUGGAAGCUAAAAAGGGCAAUAUGCACAACUCAGUCCCUGAAAAGUUCUUCGUCAAUGUUAGAUUUACAAGCUGUUUGCUGCGUAGAACCUCCAAGACAAGAUAUAUAUUCUUUUAAUGGGCAAAUGACCUUUUAUUUCCCGAAUGAACCUCAAAAUAAAGAGGUUGAUGAGAAAUCUGAUGCAGAAAAACUCUUGCUCAGCAAAAGGACGGAAACAGAAUUUGCACAGCAUGCAGAUGGUGUGGACGUUGUAAAAAUGUGUGAACGCUUGGAGGAAAGGAAAAGCGUGGAUUACUCAACUGAAAACUAUAAGGUUUUAGUUGAGCCUGUUUCUGUUGAUAAUGCUAUAUGGAUGAAUACCAUCGUUGCAUCUGGUACUAUUUAUGGCUUGGUUAUCUACAUAGGGAAGGAAGUUAGAGCUUGUUUAAAUGCGAAAAGAGCUAGAUAUAAAAUGGGAUGUUUUGAUAAGGAAGUUAAUUUAAUGACAAAAGUUUUAUUUGCUAUUUUGGUGGCACUUUCAUUUGCUAUGGUCAUACCCAAUGGAUUUGUUGGCCAAUGGUACAUUUGGGUUAUCAAGUUUUUACUUUUGUUUUCCACUAUCAUUCCCAUAUCUUUGCGUAUAAAUUUGGAUUUGGCAAAAUUCGUUUACUCCCGUACUAUUGCAAUGGAUAGCGAGAUACCUGGAACUGUUCCACGUACUACAUUGAUACCUGAAGAAUUGGGUAGAAUAAGUUAUUUGUUGACGGAUAAAACUGGGACAUUGACACAAAAUAUAAUUAAUUUGGAAAGGAUCCAUAUUGCGCGUGCAUUGUUUCAGGUGGAUGAUUUGCCUCUAAUUCACAAAUAUGUGAACAAUUAUUUUGCAAAUUAUUCACUUUCAAACAUGGAUGAGGCUCUACAGGCACCUGAAUAUGAAGGUGCUACGCAAGUAAGGAGCAGAAGAAAAUCAGCAAUUCAUUCUCCUAGUGUAAAAGUCAGCCAGACGAAUGAGAUUGAGACAAAACUCUGUUUGGCAUUACUAUCGUUGGCAAUUUGUCACAAUGUCACACCGACAUCAGAUGAAAAUGACAAACUUGGAUACCAGGCGUCUUCUCCAGAUGAAAUUGCAUUGGUCUCAUUUGCAAGCAUGUGCAACAUACAGCUCAAGGAAAGAGAUGAAACUAAUAUUGUCCUGCAAAUCAAUGGGAAUCUGCUCCUUAGAUAUAAAAUUCUAAUGAUGUUUCCCUUUAGUUCUGAAACGAAGCGUAUGGGAAUCAUUAUAUCGGAUGAGGAUGCAAAUAUGAAGUUCUUUUUUUGCAAGGGAGCAGAGUCUGUGAUGAUUCCAUUUCUUCAGCCAAGAGGGUCUGUAUGGCUCGGUGAGGAAUGUGAUAAUAUGGCUAGAAUGGGUCUUCGUACAUUGGUUUUCGGUUACAAGAUUUUGUCGGAAAAUGAUUACAACACAUUCCAAUCCAGAUAUGAAGAUGCUAGAUUGAGUAUCAAGGAUCGUCAGGAAAGAAUUCGCAAGGCCAUCUCUACACUUGAACAUGACCUGAUACUCAUUGCACUAACUGGUGUUAGAGAUAAGCUACAGCCACAUGUUAGGAGUACAUUGGAGGCACUUCGUAAUGCUGGAAUCAGGAUAUGGAUGUUGACUGGAGAUAAGGUUGACACUGCACGUUGUAUUGCUAUAUCUGCUGGAAUUAAGGACAAAACACAUUCUGUGUUUUUGAUUACUAGUGAAAUGUACACUACGGUUGAGGAGAUUAGAAACCAACUUCAAAUAUUUUCAAUGGGACCUACUUCUACCCUUUUAAUUGUAGAUACAGGUGUAAUUUCUACUAGUAUUAGGGAAUUCCCCAACUUUUUCAUCCAAGUUGCGAGCAUGGCCCAUGCAGUGCUUUGCUGUCGUUGCACUCCAUUCAUCAAGGCUGAACUUGUACGACUCUUGAAACUAAGUGGAAAGAGGACUUGUGCAAUUGGAGAUGGAGACAAUGAUGUACCAAUGAUUAUGGAGGCUGAUGUUGGUAUAGGUAUAGUUGGAAAGGAGGGACUCCAAGCGAGUCUCAGUGCGGAUUACUCGAUUACUCAAUUUUCGUAUAUUAAACGUAUAGUAUUGUGGCAUGGUAGGAAUAGCUACAAGAGAUCUGCCGCGCUUACUCAUUUCAUCAUACACAGAGGAAUGAUUCUGACUGUAAUGCAAGCGAUUUUCUCAGCAAUGUAUUUCUACAUGCCCCUUGCAUUCUUUCAGGGUUGGUUACAGAUUGGGUUUUCCUCCUAUUAUACUAUGGUACCGAUCUUUUGUCUAAUUCUAGAUCAGGAGAUUGAGGAAUCUGAUGUCUUUUUAUUUCCAGAACUCUAUCAGACACUGCGUACGGGACGUGUAAUGUCGGUGAAGACGUUUUUAAUUUGGGUAUGGAUUUCGGUGUUUCAAGGAGGGGUAUUGAUGCUUGGUGCCAUUAUACUUUUUGAAAACUCACUCUUGUCACUGGUGGCUAUCGCAUGUACAUCACUAUUUGUAUUGGAAUUGCUAAAUUUAGCGAGUGAAUUGCACACAUGGCACCCACUCACUGUGGUUAGUAUGAUUUCCACAGCCAUUGUAUAUUUCUACUCUAUCCUCAUUUUGAGGAACUACUUUGAUUUCGUUUUUAUUGCCACCACAUCGUUUGUAUGGAAGGUUAUUGUGAUCACACUCGCAGGGUGGCUCCCUGUAUACAUUUUCAAGAGUAUACAAACAGCACUCCAGCCACCACAAUACACUAAACUAGCCAUUUAA